GGGAGGACAGCUCAGCGGGAAGAGUAAAGACUGGUAAGCCUGAUCCCUUCCUUGCAGCCCAUCGCACACAGACUGUUUUCUGGCUGUUUGCUGUUAUCCGAGACGUACAUGAAGAUGUCACCGCUCUCGUUUAGCACGGGAGAACCUAUCCGGAUUACCCAGUUUCAAUAUGUUGAUGUAUUUCCUGCAGGGCUGGAGAGGGCUGCUCUGUCCAUGUGAGGGGGAAAGGCACUGACUUGUCCCAUUGUCCCUGACUGUGCGUAGAGCAGAGGGAGUCAGUGCCAGCUGCGACAGGGACUGCAGCUGAAUAAACCCAUUCAGUAGGAGGACGCCGCUGUCCCAUCCGCGGACAGCCGCCGCGAAACCCCCCAGUCCCCUAUGGCAUUUGGCAGAGACCCCUGGCUUCGGCGAGGAUGCCGGCCCUGACCCCUCUGCUCGGCCCUGGGAACGACGGCACAGAGAGAGCGGAAGAGCAGGCGAGGAAGAGGAGGAGGAGGAAGCCAGGGCAUUGUGCGCCGCCGCGGGCGGCCCCCAUCUCCAGGGCGAUCCCCGGAGCGUCGCGGACUCCAGGAAUUCCAGCCGCCACGUUUCCUUCAUCCCCCCGUCUCCGUGCGCGCUCUUUGACUGCGCUCACGGACUUGCUGAGGCCCACAGAAACUUCACCCCAGCGCUUCCUCCCUUUUUUUGGCCUGGCGGUCUCGAUGAAUUAUUGAGAGGACCGGCUCUUUAUCCAACAACAGCGCUCGCUGGCCUUUCUAAGUCUCAUCGCUGCUAUCGGGGAAAGGCGGUGGGCUAAGGGUCUGAAGUGCGGGGAACGGCAAUACAGCUCAGGUAGAUGGUACUGAUUGGCAUCAUGAAAACAUUUGCACAAAACAGGAGACAUGGCUUUUCGUGGAUGUUUGAUGUACUGUCUGAUCUACCCAUAUUUACAUUUCAUGAAGGUCCCGUACUGGAUUCCUAUUUGAGUGGAUACCUCGUAUUGGGAAAUGUAUUUAAAAGGACAAACUAAGAGAAGCUGAACUCAGAGCCUACUAAAACUGAAAUGGUAAUUAGCCGACAGCGUGAUUGGAUUUACGUGAAGUUAAUUGAAGUCCUGAGUUAUUACUCUUGAGGAAAAUGCUUUGGGCACUAAAGCAGAAAAUUCUGCAUUAAGGCAAUCCAAGAAGAUGUGAUGUUAAUGCUAUAUAUCUGAAUUGGGAACAACACCAUAAUUUUUUAAUGAUUGAAGACCUUGUGCGUGUGUGGGAAAUUGGCUUGUUCGGAAUCACCAACAUUGCUGACCAGAUCAGAGGAAUAGAACCGUCUGCUCUGUGGUCUUAUUAAAGAAUCCUAGAGGAGGAGAACCUGCUGGUUCUUACUGGUGUCUGACUUGGGAGCCCGGGCGGGUGAGCAGGGGAAGAUGCCAGAGCUGGAGGACUUCUCACCGCCACCGCGCGACCAGCCAGACCCGGCGGAGAUCCAGAGGAACGUUCUAGAAGAGCAGGUGGAGCUAUGGUGGUUUCGGGAGCCGCGCAAGUCCCUGCUGUGCUACUGCGCCUCGGUGGGGCUGAUCCUGGGCUGCGGGCUGGGCGGAGUGGGCCUGCUGUCCACCACCACCAGCCUGUCCAGCGAGUGGCGGCUGGGCGUGGGGACGGCGCUCUGCCUGCUGGCCCUGGCCGUGCUGCUGAAGCAGCUGCUCAGCUCCGCCGUGCAGGACAUGAACUGCGUGCGCAGCCGACGCCGCAUCGAGAUCCUGAAGAGCGGCGGGCUGUCGGACCUCAUGGUCAUCCUGAUCACCGGCCUGGCACUUCUCAUCUGCGGCACGGUGCUGCUCAACCUGGCCCUGGCCAGCGGCCUGCCCCAGCCGGGCCUGGCCCUCAACGACAUGUUCAUCUCCGGAGUGGUGCUGCUGGCCGGCGGCGGGGUCACCGUGCUGGCGGUGGCCGUUUACUCCGCCAUGGUCUUCCUCCUGGAGAGGGUGAGGCCCGGACAGAGGUUGGCCCGGCCCGCGGGCGUCUUCACCAUCUCCGGCCAGAUGAACGAGACCCGGAGAGAGACCACCUCCAGCAUGGCCAACCUCAUCUGAGACUGGGACUGGGACUGUUUCGCCCUUUCAGGCCCAGACCCAGAAUGAAGUGGCUCCACCCAGAUCCCAAGGGGUUCUGGCUUUGGUUGAGAAAAUUGAGGAAGCUGAGAAGAUUUUGUAGGGUUUUAAUAGGGGCUCAAAACAAUAUUAUAGCAGUCAUUUUGAUUGGUUGAAAGUGCCAUAUGGCACUCUUGGUAUUUUAUGGUAGUCACGGUUGAGUGCCAUGUGGCACUCUGGGGACUGAAAGGGGUUAACUCACUCAAAGGGAACAAAGAAGCACAGAGAUACUCCACUCGGCUGCUGAAUGGAGCAUCUAAAGGCCACAUCCAUGUUGUUCACUGUAUUACAUUUUCAAAAGGCAGGUUUAAACUGUGAAUCCUCACUGGCAUUGCCUUAAUAAUAAGCCAAGGAACUACUGGAACAAAGUCUUCUCUAAAAGAGCUGCUGUGUACAGUCCUGUCAAUCACACUAAAAACUGCUAUGAAUGUUGGGUUGUGUGUGGAGGUGUGCUGUUUGUGUUGCUUUAAACCAGCACAGCCCUGCUUUACUCUAAACGAUACCAUCUUGACUCAAAACACCUAUGUAUGUGUAAAACCAUGUGCUUCCAUCCUCGUAUUCAGCUGUUGAUAUUUGGGUAAGGGGGCAAGAUCAAACGCAUGCCAAGCUGCUGUUCUUCCAGGAUUACACUAAUUUGUCUAAAACACUGAUAGUGUAGCUUACCCAUAUGAGUUUGCAUGUCAGUGCUCUUAUGCCCUAUCCUGGUUCUGUAUAGCACUUGGAUCAAAUAAAAGUUUACCAUUGAUAUGAA